AUGUAUGCGUUCAAGCGUAUGCCAUUCGGCUUGUGCAAUGCCCUAGCCACAUUUAAGAUAUUUAUGAUGGCAAUAUUCCAUGAUAUGGUGGAGGAUUUUGUUGAAGUAUUCAUGGAUGACUUCUCAGUGUUUGGUGAGUCUUUUGAACUUUGUUUGACUAAUCUUUACAGAGUUCUUGCUAGGUGUGAAGAGACAAAUCUGGUGCUAAACUGGGAGAAGUGUCACUUUCUGGUUAGAGAAGUAAUUGUGUUGGGGUAUAAGAUCUCCAAAAGUGUGCUGGAAGUUGACAAAGCUAAAGUGGAAGUUAUUGAGAAGUUGCCACCCCCCAUCACACUGAAAGGAGUGAGAAGCUUCCUGGGAUAUGCUGGUUUCUAUAGAAGGUUCAUCAAGGACUUUUCUAAGACUGCAAGACCUAUGUGCAGCAUGUUAGACAAAGAGAUAAAGUUUGGUUUUGAUGAAAAGUGUUUGCAAGCAUUUGAGUUGCUGAAGAAGAAGUUGAUUGAAGCUCAUAUUCUUAUUGCUAAGAAUUGGGAGCUUCUAUUUGAGCUUAUGUGUGAUGCCAGUGACAUAGCAGUUGGGGCAGUACUUGGGCAGAGAAAAGAGAAGAUGUUCCAUUCUAUCUACUAUGUGAGGAAGACAGUUGAUGCAGGUCAAUCGAAUUACAUUGUGACUGAAAAAGAGAUGCUAGCAUUGAUUCGUGAAGAGUUUCCUGCUGAGCAAUUGCUUGCUUUGGACAUUGCUCAAGUGCCUUGGUAUGCUGAUAUUGUGAAUUUUCUGGGACCUGAUCAGAUGAUGCAAAAAUGUAUAGCUGAACAAGAGGCGACACAAGUGUUGGAGAGUUGUCACUCUUCACCAUAUGGUGGACACCACGGAAGCGAACGAACUGCGCAUAAGUGCCAAAGGAUGGGCACCAUUUUCAGAAGGCAUGAGAUGUCAUUGAACAAUAUACUGGAGGUUGAGAUCUUUGAUGUCUGGGGGAUAGACUUUAUGGGACCAUGCCCAUCGUCCCGUGGUAAUCAAUACAUCCUAUUCGCGGUGGACUACGUGUCUAAGUGGGUGGAGGCAGUUGCACUACCAUCCAAUGAUGCAAAUGUGGUUGUGAAGUUCAUCCGAAAACACAUCUUCACCAGCUUCGAAACUCCAAGGGCUAUGAUCAGUGACGAAGUUAAAUUGGAGCAUAAGGCAUAUUGGGCGAUAAAAAAACUGAAUGUGGAUGCUGAGUUAGUCGGUAGGAAGAGAAUAACACAGCUGCAUAAAUUAGAGGAGUUUAGGCUUCACGCCUAUGAGAACGCUAAGCAGUACAAAGAGAAUACCAAGAGGUGGCAUGACAAGCAUAUUGUGUCACACACCUUUGAGCCUGGUCAACUAGUGUUGUUGUUUAACUCAAGGUUGAAGUUAUUUCCCGAAAAGCUUUGGUCUAAGUGGAAUGGUCCUUUUGAAGUGGUGAGGAUGAUCCAACAUGGUGCUGUGGAAUUACGGAACAAGGAUAUGAGCACUAAUUUCCUUGUGAAUGGUCAGAGGGUCAAGCACUAUUUCGGGAAUGAUGUGGAUCGUGAGCUUGAAGCGCUAACAUUAAAUGACGUUUGA